GCCUGCGCGGAGCGCAGUAACCGCCGGUUGGUGGCAGCUGCUCCGCAGUGGGGGAGAGACGGGCGAGGAGCCGCGUCCCAGCAGCCGCGACGGUCGCCGCCGCCGCUGUAGUCGCAGGCCGGCGGGGAGCGGGAGGCAGCGGGCGCAGCCAUGUCCGUGGUGGGCAUCGACCUCGGGUUCCUGAACUGCUACAUCGGUGUCGCGCGCAGCGGCGGCAUCGAGACCAUCGCCAACGAGUACAGCGACCGUUGCACCCCAGCAUGUAUAUCCUUAGGCUCCAAGACCCGGGCCAUAGGGAAUGCAGCAAAGAGCCAGAUUGUCACAAAUGUAAAAAAUACAUUACAUGGCUUCAAAAAACUGCAUGGAAGAGCAUUUGAAGAUCCUUACAUACAAGCUGAAAGGGCCAAACUUCCCUAUGAGCUUCAGAAGAUGCCGAAUGGCUCGGUAGGAGUAAAGGUGAGAUAUCUAGAUGAAGAGAGACCAUUUGCAAUUGAGCAGAUAACAGGAAUGUUACUGGCCAAGCUCAAAGAGACUUCAGAAAGUGCUUUGAAGAAGCCAGUGGCAGACUGUGUGAUUUCAGUACCCAGUUUCUUCACUGAUGCUGAGAGAAGGUCUGUAAUGGCAGCUGCACAGAUUGCAGGAUUAAAUUGUCUGAAGCUAAUGAAUGAAACUACAGCAGUUGCACUAGCCUAUGGAAUAUACAAGCAAGAUCUGCCGGCCUUGGAAGAGAAGCCGAGAAAUGUGGUCUUUGUAGAUAUGGGACAUUCUGCAUAUCAGGUUUCAAUCUGUGCUUUUAACAAGGGAAAACUAAAGGUCUUGGCUACUACCUUUGACCCUUUCUUAGGUGGUAGGAAUUUUGAUGAGGCUUUAGUAGACUAUUUCUCUGAAGAAUUCAGGACAAAAUACAAACUGAAUGUAAAAGAGAAUCCUCGAGCACUGCUGCGAUUGUAUCAGGAAUGUGAAAAACUGAAGAAGCUUAUGAGUGCAAAUGCUUCUGAUCUUCCACUCAAUAUUGAGUGCUUCAUGAAUGACCUUGAUGUCUCUAGCAAGAUGAACAGAGCUCAGUUUGAGCAAUUGUGUGCUGCCCUUCUGUCCCGAGUGGAACCUCCCCUGAGAGCAGCCAUGGAUCAAGCUAAACUUCAACGUGAAGAUAUCUACAGUAUAGAAAUUGUAGGUGGGGCCACUAGAAUCCCAGCAGUAAAGGAACAAAUCUCUAACUUCUUCUGUAAAGAAAUCAGCACCACGCUGAACGCUGAUGAAGCUGUUGCAAGAGGCUGUGCCUUGCAGUGUGCAAUUCUUUCCCCAGCUUUUAAAGUACGUGAAUUUUCCAUCACAGAUGUUGUUCCUUAUUCAAUAACGUUAAGAUGGAAAUCAUCUUAUGAGGAAGGAACAGGGGAAUGUGAAGUGUUCAGUAAGAACCAUGCUGCUCCAUUCUCAAAAGUAAUUACUUUUCACAAGAAGGAGCCUUUUGAUCUGGAAGCUUACUAUACUCAUCCUCAUGAAGUGCCUUAUCCUGAUUCCAGAAUAGGGCGUUUCACUAUUCAAAAUGUUGUUCCCCAACAUGAUGGUGACAAUUCUAAAGUGAAGGUUAAAGUGCGUGUCAACAUCCAUGGCCUUUUCAGUGUGGCUAAUGCUUCAGUAAUAGAGAAGCAGAAUAUAGACGGAGAUCACAGUGACACACCUAUGGACACUGAAUCAUCAAGUAAGAACCAAGGCAAAGAUGAUGAGCUGGAUAAAAUGCAGGUUGAUCAAGAUGAAGGUAUUCAGAGAAGUCAGACUGAACAACAGAGCCAAGCAGAUGAAGAAACUGAAAACACAGGAACUGAAACAAAAACUGCUUCUGGAGACAAGCAAGAUCAUCCAAACCAGCCUAAGGCUAAAGCAAAAGUCAAAAGUAUUGAUCUACCUAUACAGGCUAGCCUCUACAGACAACUGGGACAAGAUAUUAUCAAUUGCUAUAUAGAAAAUGAGGGGAAGAUGAUGAUGCAAGACAAGCUUGAGAAAGAAAGAAAUGAUGCUAAGAAUGCUGUUGAAGAGUAUGUGUAUGACUUCAGAGAUAAGCUAUGUGGAGUUUUUGAGAAAUUCAUCACUGAAGAAGAUUCAAAUAAGCUGACCUUGAUGUUGGAAGACACAGAAAACUGGCUUUAUGAAGAUGGAGAAGACCAGCCAAAACAAGUGUAUAUGGAUAAGCUUCAGGAGUUAAGAAAAUUUGGACAGCCUAUUCAGGAAAGAUACAUGGAACAUGAAGAGAGACCAAAAGCUUUAAAUGAACUGGGAAAGAAAAUUCAGCUCCUUAUGAAAGCAGUAGAAGCAUACAAAAAUAAGGAUGAAAAAUAUGAUCACCUAGAUCCUGCUGAGAUGGAAAAAGUUGAAAAAUACAUUAGUGAGGCUAUGAAUUGGUUGAACAGCAAAAUGAAUGCCCAAAAUAAACUAAGUUUAACUCAGGAUCCAGUCGUCAAAGUGGCAGAAAUGCUGGCAAAAUCCAAGGAAUUGGAUAGCUUCUGUAACCCUAUUGUAUACAAGCCCAAACCAAAGGUAGAACCUCCUAACAAUGGGCAGGCGAAAGCUAAUGGUGAACACAAUGGACCAGUGAAUGGGCAGAGCGGUGCUGAAACAAAACCAGAUUCAGCGAAGGAUAAUUGCCAGCAGACCAAACCAUCUGGAGAAAUGGAAGUGGACUAAAUCUUACGUUUCUUUCACUUAAUUAAAAUAGUGCAAGUAACCACAGGGUCCAUUCUUUUGUCUGGUACACACCUCAAAUGUUUAGUUAUUCUUAGCCAACUUUCUGUCAUUUGUUGUUGCAGUAGUUUUUUGAAAGUGUUUUAUAUUAAGUACAUCUCUGUUCAUUUCCACUGAUGCUGCUUAUGUGGAGCUUUAGCCAAAUGUAGAUUGUAUAAGUCAAUUCAAGCUUUCCCGAUAUAUUUUAUAUCAAACAUACGGAAUUGAUAUAUAAAUGGCAACAAUCUACCUUAUUUAAAGCUUUUAUUGUGGAUAAACCUCAGCUCCUGUAUUCAGGAAAGGAUACUGUAUUGCACUACUGAUGCUCAAGUGUAGAUCUAAUUGCAUCUUUAUUUUGGAAAAAUAUUGGAAUUGAAGUGGCAAACUGUCACUUGAAGCACUGACCUUUUCUAGUUAUUGUAUUGUUAUAAUUUAAAUAUUAAAAUAGAGGUUAGUUGGCAUACUAGUCCAUCUGUUGAUGUACCGUGAGAAUUGUAUGGUGUCUCUUUCAUAUAAACUGAUAAUACAAGCUUAAACUUUUUUUAAGAUUCCCCAUACCACUAACAUUAAUCUUAGUUAUAAAAUACUAGCAUAAUGGCUCUGCCAUUUGCUUGAAGUUAGUGAAUGGUCUUAUUGGACAUUGCUUUACAUAAUGUACUCUGCUUAUGAGAGGAUGAUGCUAAUAAUAUGAAGCGAUAGAAUAUACAAGGACUGCAUAGACUUCCCUUGAAAAUGUCUUAUUGCACAUACUACUACUUACUACUCAUUUCAUUUUGAAUGAAGUCUACAUCUUGGAUCACAUCUUAGGCUGAGGAGAAACAGCAGAAACUGCUUAUAACAGCUAGCUGUUAGAAUGCUUAAUUCUGAGGUUGUGUAAAUGAUUUUUUGCGAACUUGAAACAAACCCUGACUGAGGGCUUGUUUAAACCAUGGUACUUGGCACAGUCCUUUUGGAUCAAGGAUCUAAACAGCAGACCACAAACUGGAGCUAUUAGUUAAUAAGCAACAGUGAAAUAACUGAGUUACGGAAAUUUAUCAAAUAGUUUUCUUAUCUUUGGUCAUUCACUUGAUCUAAUGGAAGUGUCUGUAAUACAAUGUAUUAGAAAUCUGAGUGAGUCACUCUUGAUCUGUCUACUUUGACCAAAUCUCAGUUCAUAUAUUCUGAAUGCUUAUGUCAGUCAUGGAGGAAAUGUAGCAGUUUCUAAAGCAAGUUCAUUUUCUCUUGAUUUGAAUGCACAAACCUUCCACACUCAUUACCAGAACAAGAGAGAUUACUCUAAUUAUGGAAAGUGGUUUAUUAGUCAGUUAGUUGCACUGUAACACUUUCAUGUUUUGAGCUCCAUUUUAGAAAUACAUUAGAAAGGCAUUAGUUAAUAGGCAUUCCAGCAACAGUUCUCACAUGGAAAAGCUUAUUGUUGUUGUAAAUAAGCAAAGUGUCAAAUGCUCUUACUUCCAGCUUUGGCAGCUCCUUUACCCAUGUGCUGAUAUUCCCCUAUUCUUCAUGCUGUGAGGAGAGUAGCUGGGCCCCUGGCUCUAUGUGGUAGAGGUGAACUGUGCUCUCCAAUAGCUUCACAGGAAAAGGAAGCAUCAGUUACAGAUGUCCAUACACCUGCUCAACCAGUUCAAGUGCCAGAAUUAUGGGCUAACAUGAGUGGCUUUGCUUUUAUGCUCUCUACAAAAUCAGCUGUGGGUGGUCUGGCACCCCGUAUUUACACACUUAAAUUCCUUGAACAACUGUGUAACCUUGAAGCAAGCUGCAACAACUAUGCAACCUCAGUCCUGAAUGCUGCUGUAGUUGCACAUAUUAGGCAACAACGCAGUGAUUAGUUUUAUCAGUUGUUCUUAGUUUAAGUCAGCAUGUGAUGAAACAAGCUCCAGUCACAUAGGCUUUAACAUCAUGAGUAUCCUAAUGGCUUUGCCACAAUAAUGCAAUAACUACCAUUAUAAAAAUAUUGGAGUCUUAAAACACAUUUAAAUAUUAACUUAAGUCAGCAGACUUCCUACCUGGUAUGUGGCAGGUGAAGAGCUCGUUCAGUGGAAGAAAUCUCUGGUGCAAGCUCUCCCACAGCUAAAAGGUCACAUGUAAGAAAAAUCUUGCUUCUGUUCUUGGUCAUUAAAUGUUCAGUAUUACAUUACAAAUGUUGGAGGCAAUUUUUAUGUAUAAGGCCAAAGUAAUUCUACAGCUGCUUAGUAUGUCGAGCUUAAAAGCAGCUGGGGUUAAGGCAAGCAGUAGAACAGUACUUUUUGGCUGUGCACCUGCUCUGUCUCCAGAUCCCUGGGGAAGAUGAAUGUUAGAACAGGUUGGGAAUUUCCACACGUAAGGAAGGGCAGAACUGUUGUCAUUUGAGAAUGAAUGUUGCACUAACAUGUCCUUGUUUCCUGCUGCAGAGGAAUGUUUUAAUACGACAGAUCUACAGUUCUCAACUACUUAAAAUAAUUAUGCACAACUUGAAGGUGAAGUCUUGCUUGUCAGACUCGAGAAGACACAAAUUACAUUGUGGCCACUUUGGCAGCACCAGAAUGAAUACUUUAGAGUAGAAAAUUACAAAUUUUACUAAGGUACCAACAGUAGUAGCCUACGUUACAUUUUAUAUAUUUUUAAAAAUGGCUACCAGGUGCAAACACCUUACCAUAUAAUACUUUCUUCUGAAUGCAAGAUGCAUUUCUAAUCUGUUUGAAAAUGUUCCCUCCAUCUCCUGAAAAGAGAAAGAUGAAGUAACACUCUCUUAGUAAACACAAUGCGGCUUUAUUUAAAGAGGGCCUUGUUAAAUCAGUUCCUAAGUUUGGAUAGUUUAGUUACAAAACAGCGCAAGCGUUACUUCCUCUUAUCUGUUAGAAAGAGCCGAAUUUUUCCCUUUAAAAAGCAGUGAUUCUCUCCCUUGAAUGUUCAUGGAUGAGCAGUCGUUAUUCAAAAAACAGCUUUUAAACUGAUUGGCUUUACUAAAACAGCUAGUAGCAGCUAAGUUUAAAAAUACUCAACUUUUUUAUUAUACCCUGCUUCAAAAAUCAAGUUCAGGAUUUCGUUUGAACUUCAUUCAGAUGGUGAAGAUGAUAUAAACAGACAUACAGUCUUCCUUGCAAGAAUGGCUAUAAAUUUUGAGUUAAACUGACAAGGGGAGCUAUGCUUUAAAGUAACGCAGUGCAGCUGCCUUUCUUGUUGGUCACUUGUUUGGCAAUACAACAAUUGCAUGAAAAAUCCUCUCCCUUUGCACCUAACUUGUAAUAGAAGGCUUUACAAGACAAUUUGGUAGAGGGAGGGAGAAGGAACUUACUUGCCCCUGUCUGGUAUGGCAGGGGCCUGAGAGGAACUGCGGUUCCCACAGUACUACCCUUGGAGCACACAGACUUAAGCCUACAAAACUCUAUCGCUGUUUCAUACAGAAGGUACCAUGGCUGACCUUACUUCAGCAUGCAGUACGACGUUGCUGGUUGUUUACUUAAAAGUAGAAGAGCUCUUAAUCUGAGCAUCCAACCAGUGGUUGUAGAUACAAAUAAAGAAUCCUUUAUUUAUCCAGUAUUUGAAGUUAUUUAAUAUUUCAUGGAACAUCUCAGUGUUCUAAAUUUCAUCCUCUGCGCGCUCUCUCUCUCUCUCUCUCUCUCUCUCUCUCUCUCUCUCUCUCUCUCUCUCUCUAUAUAUAUAUAUAUAUAUAUAUAUAUAUAUAUAUUAUUAGCUCAGAUAUUCCAUAUUUAAGUGAGGUUACUCCUUGUGGGGAUUAAGUUUAAACUUAUUGCAGAAAACAGGGAAAGAGCUAGUAGGAGAUUUUUGGCCUAAGUAGGUAUUUUUUGGUACAGAUGUGUUAGCAAUACACAUCCUUAACAAACCUCAGAGUCUACACAUCUUAACGUUCUAUCUCUGCCAUGUGAUUACCUGACACUGGUUUUCAAAAACUUGAAACCAUUUAGAAAUAUGCUGAACCUGCUGGUUCAAACCAAGUAGUUGUUCAGCUGCUCUGGAAAGAGAAUCUAAAAUUAAUUCCCCUUGGUUAGUUUUACCAUGAACCACUUUUCUCAAAAUGGGGCUUUGAUUUUUGUGUGACCACCCUGUAAUACCGUAACAGUCUGCCUUCUGAGAGCCCUUGUAAACUCAAGUCCAGGUACACACCUUAGUCAGGGAAUCAGGAUAAUGGCUGGAAACACCAAGGAAGCCUACAGAGCUCCUACUUACUUACUUACACUGAAUUUUCUUUAAUUGGUUGGAAGAAUAUUAUGUUGCCCCUUACACUUUUUUUUUUUUUUUUUUUUCAUUACACUAAGUUUUCUAGAAUGGUUUCAGGCACCAGAAGGACAGAAGAGCACUACCAAAGGAGGUAGUAGAGACAUUUUAUGCCAUGUGAAUUUUUAUUUUAACCCACAAGAUAACAUUUCGAGUGUAAACACAAACUCAACCACUACAUAAUCUCUCUAGUGUACCACUACCUCUAGUGUAGAUUUACCUGAACUUUUAGUUCUGUGCAGUUGAAAUUUGAAGACUGCAACCACCAAUUAAACAUGUAAAUAACCAGUGAAAGCAACAGAAUAUGGCUGGCUGUUAGCGGUCCCUACAGAAUCCUAACCUCAGGUUUUGCUUCCAUGACUUAACCUGAUAACAGUCAUUAAAAUCCAUUUUUCAUCUUUGUGUUCAGAAGGAGAUAAGAAUGAAAAGCAAGAGUCACUGCAAUGUGGUAUGUAAAGAAUUAUUUUAAACAACAUGCAGUUAAGAGCUAGAACCACCAGCCACCUAUAGAAAGUAAGUGCUGAAAUAGUUAAAUUUAACUAAUGAAGAAGGUGGUAGUUGCUGAAUGUUGCUUAUUUGGAGUAGUUUGUUUACAUAUUCUAAACAUAUCUACAGGAUGGGGGGAGGGGAAGAGGUAGGAGUGUUAGAAAUAAAGCAGUGUUUACGUAUGCAAAAUGUUCACUAUGUAUGUAAAUGGGAUCCUUAUUAGUGACAGAUCAUGUGCAAAUUGAAUACUUCAAUUUAUUUUUGAAUGGCACUAUAGAUUGUCAAGGUUGUGUAUAAUUGUAAUAAAUAUAUAAACCUGCUACUUGAACCAUAAA